CACGACCGAAACGCCCAUUGCACGUUAGAACCUUAUAUACCUCAAUGGUUAGAAAUCAUGUUUGCUUUUGUCCAUUUGUGAGAAGCUCUUCAACGGUUGAAAUAUAUUAAAAUGGCUGAUGAAGACAAGCUUCAGCCGUUAAUGUUUCUUAUGACCUAUAUGCUGAUGAAGCGCCGAAGAGACAUAAACAACGCGGAUACACAGAGACUCAAUGAGGUGAAGAGACGUAUCCGCCACAGACAGUACUUCUUCCAAAGGCAGAGGCGAAUGCUCAUGAUGCUGACAGCUCGAGACUUGCGCUGCAGCUGUGACAUCCGUACCCGACCCUGGACCAGCACGGAGUGCACUGAUUGGUGGGAGCGGGUAGUGAUGACUGAGUUCCAGCCCUCUGAUUGGCUGGAGAAGUUCCGCAUGAGCCGGGAGACCUUCUUCUUCCUUUGUGGCAAGCUGAAACCUCGCCUGGCUCGCCAGGACACCCACUUCCGCAGGGCGCUUCCGCUGGAGAAGCGUGUGGCGGUUGCCCUGUGGCGGCUGGCGUCCAACAUUGAGUACCGCACCAUCAGUGGGCUGUUUGGCGUGGGCAGCUCCACGGUGUGUAAGUGUGUGAGGGACGUGUGUCACGCCAUCGUCACACUACUCCGGCCCGUCUACCUAUGCUCGCCCAGCGUACAGGAAGUGGAAGACUCUGCACAUCACUUCCUAUCUCGCUGGGGCUUCCCUCAUUGCGUGGGUGCCGUGGCAACCCUCCACACUGCCAUCCUCACGCCGUCCGCUAACGUGGCCAACUACGCCAACCCAGACGGGUGGCUCUCUGUGGUCUCCCAGGUGGCUGUGAAUGGGCUGGGUCAGUUCUGGGACGUCUGUGCUGGUUUCCCUGGCAGCACUGAGCCGACAGCCAUCUUGCAGAACUCAGCACUUUGGGCGUCGGCCUCUGAGGGCGUGCUGUCACCUGACCCACCCCCGAGCUUCAUGGGAAAGCCCCUGAGAUAUGUGUUGUUGGGGGAGCCAGGGUACCCCCUCCAGCCCUGGCUGAUGAAGGCCUAUUCCAAGAAGAAGGAGGAGGAUGAUGUGGAGGAGGAGGAAGGAGGGCUCGCGGAGGCCCGGAGGGCCUUCAACCAGCGAUUUGUGCGGGCAAGGCGUGGGGCGGCAACGGCGCUUCUUCGCCUGCGGGCGCGCUGGCAAUGUCUGAGCAAGAGGAACGACUGCAGCCUAGACGUGGUACCCACCAUGAUCCUGGCCUGCUGCAUCCUGCAUAACGUGUGUGAGGCCCAUGGAGAUUUGUUCCAGGGGGAAUGGCAUGGUGAGGUAACCAAGGGUGAGAACCCCCAGCCUGGUCACACUACGGCCCGCGCCCCCUCUCCCCCUGGAACUUCAGACCACCUCCAGGGUGAGGAGGUCAGAAAAUUGUUCUGUGACUACUUCCAGCAGUCACAACUACAACAACAGGACUAAUGGAAUGGACAGUGUUGUGAUUGGGAAAGAGGGGGAAAAAAUAUAGAAUUCUCCACAAGAUUCUCAUGACUGUAUACAUAGCCCUGGCCAGCAUUCCAGUCACUGUUCCUACAAUCUCUAUCAGCAUGUAUUCAUAAAGCAUCUCAGAAUAGUAGGUAGUGCUGAUCUAAGAUCAGCUUGGCCUUUUAGAUCAUAGUGAACAAGAUUAUAUGGACAGGGGGGACCUGAUCCUAGAUCAGCACUCCUAUUCUGAGAUAUAUUCUGUAUAUGAGCCCUCUCUCUCUCGUGCAACUCCUCUCUGUUCUGUUACUGUUUUUGGGGUUUUGUUCUCUCGUAGGUUGUUAGUGUGUCUAAAUAGUUGUGUAGCUCAGUGUUCAUGUGCAUGUGGUGUAUAUAGUCAUGCUUUUUAUUGAUGCACAAUACAAGUUACAUUUUCUGUUCUGUCUUUCACUACAUUUGUAUCUACGGUUACACUGACAUUGUUCUAUGCUCUGAUUAAAAAAAUAAAAAUAGAACCUUGUUCUAGCUACCUAGUA